AUGACCUUCACUGAAGAGGAAUGGACUCUUCUGGAUCCUUCCCAGAAGAAUCUCUACAGGGAGGUGAUGCUGGACGCGCUCUGGAGCCUGGCCUGCGUGGGUGAAGGAGGAAUACAAGGAGAUAAGAAUGUUCCAAAUGCCUCCAAAGCAAGGGAGAGAAAUCUGAGAGAUCAGGUGUUUGAGAGACUCUUCGUGUACGAAGAGGAUGGCCCUCAAAAUGAAAAAUUGUUCAGAUCACAGAGACAUCGGAAACCUAAAGAGGCCAUCUCUAGAAAGGAGCAGGGUGAAGGCACCCCGGGCCGGAAAGCUCCCCAGAGGCCCAACGACAUCGAAGUCUACGUGAAAAUUGACACGGGCGGGAACGCGAGUGGUUCUGAGCAAGCUGGGAAAGACUCUGCCUCUCCCUCGGCCGGCGCUGCCGCUCCGGGGAGCACCCGCACAGGCCCCAAACCAUACGUGUGCAAAGAGUGUGGAAAAUCCUUUUCUUUCUUGAGCAGCAUCCGACGCCACAUCAGGGCUCACACCGGAGAGAAACCCUAUGGGUGUGAGCAGUGUGGAAAAGCCUUCAGCUACCUCACCAACUUCCAGCAGCACAAACGGACUCACACGGGUGAGAAGCCCUACGUGUGCAGACAUUGUGGAAAGGCCUUUGCGUACUACAACUCUUACCAGCAGCACAACCGCACACACACUGGAGAGAGGCCCUACGUGUGUAAGAUCUGCGGGAAGGAAUUCACCAGCCGCACGUCCCUGCGCUACCACGAGAGCGUGCACACGGGGAAGAAGCCGUACGUGUGCAAGCAGUGUGGGAAAGCCUUCCCCUGCACCAGCUCUAUCCGCAGGCACAGCAUGAUCCACACCGGGGAGAAGCCCUACGUGUGCACACACUGCGGGAAGGGCUUCAUCUCCUCCAGCUCCUUCCGCAUCCACGAACGCAUUCACACCGGCGAGAAGCCGUUCAUGUGCAAGCAGUGUGGCAAGGGCUUCGUGGGCCACAGCUCCCUGCAGUGUCACGAGAGGACUCACACGGGGGACAAGCCCUACAUGUGUGAACAGUGUGGCAAAGCCUUUUCUUCCCUGAGCAAUUUUCGAAGGCACAAGCAGAUUCACACGGGCGAGAAGCCCUAUGUAUGUAAGCAGUGUGGGAAAGCGUUUCGUUCUUCCAGUUACAUUAAAAUUCACGAAAGGACGCACAGUGGGGAGAAGCCUUACGUGUGCAGCUACUGCGGGAAGGCCUUCCGGCAGUCAAGUCACCGCAUCCGACAUGAAAGAACUCACACCGGAGAGAAGCCGUGUGUGUGCGAGCAGUGUGGGAAAACCUUCUAUUCUUUGAGUGAUGUUCGAAAGCAUGAACGAAUUCACAGUGGUGAGAAACCUUUUCUGUGUAAAGAGUGCGGGAAAGCCUUCAGUGACUCAAGUUCCUUGCACAAACAUAAAAUAACUCACACUGAAGAGAAGCCCUAUGUGUGUAGACAGUGUGGAAAAGCCUUCAGGUCCUGCGGCUACCUGACCAUACACGAAAGGACUCACACUGGAGAGAAGCCUUACGUCUGUAAUCAGUGUGGGAAAGCAUUCGGGCAAUCCAGUCACUGUCUCAUCCACGAGAGAACUCACACUGGAGAGAAGCCCUAUGUGUGUAAGCAAUGUGGGAAAGCCUUCUUUACUCUCAGUGGUCGUCGGAAACACGAACGCACUCACAAUGAAGAGAAACCCUUCCUCUGUACUGAAUGUGGAGAAGCCUUCAGUGAUUCCAGUUCCUUACACACACACAAAAUAAAACACUGGGGAGAAGCUUUAUGUAUGUAAACAAUGUAGGAAAGACUACUUUGAUGUUCGAAAUCUUGAAUUUGGGAGCUGAGAAUGUGACUGAGUGCUUGCCUAGCAUGCAUGAAGCCCUGGGUUCAAUUCCUCAGUGCCCCAUACACAGAAAAGGCCGGAAAUGG